GACUCUCUACUUCAUUCAUUUCACUCUCUCCACCAUCAAUUCAUCAUGGCUUCUUGAUCGAGCGACAAUACAAAGGAUGCUAAAUUGGUAAAAUAGGAGGUUCAUAACGUAUACACGGCCGAUCGCGGCCCAAGUUGAGAUUCAAAUCUCCGCUAGCCUUACGACAAAUCAAAUAAGUAGAAGCAUCCAAGGUAACUGCUAUACACCUCCAUCGAUGCAUCGUGCGUUGCUAGUCUCAGAAAUCCUCGUGCAGAUAUUCAUCAAUUUGAAUCAACCCCCGAUUUCAGAAACAUUAGACUGGCCUCAGUCACCGACACGAAAAUCCCUUGCAUCGCUCGCCUUGACAUGCACAACCUUUCACGAACUUGCGAUGGACUUGCUUUGGUCUAACAUACCUGGGUUAAGACCACUGUUAGGUUGUGUGACCAGGCUACAUUCAGUCAUAUAUGAUCCCAAGUCCAAGUAUUCCUGGUCCCAGUACGCUGAUCCAUUAGUCGAGCACGAGUUCCAUCAGUUUUUGCGCCAUUCCGCUCGUGUGCGGAAUAUAACCAUAUCAGCCACCAAUUAUUUUCACCUUCUUACGGCCCUCCCCAUCGAGACACGUGUAUUUCCGAAUCUGCGGUCGUUAUCCUGGUUGGUUCAACGCACGGAAAUAGGAGACUUGCGCUUUUUCCUGCCCCCAACGUUGCGCCGUUGUUUUGUAUCGGAACUCCAAUUAGAUAUGAAAUAUAUCGGGGCACGCUGUCCUGAUGUGCAGGAGUUUACCGUCCAUGAGGAUACCGACAGGGCGCUACUCUCUGAAACCCUUCGUUCAUGCAAGAGGCUCAGACGUCUGCAAUGUCCGCCGUUCGACUCAGCAGCAUGGAUGCACCUUUCUACCAUCCCCACCCUUCUCGAUGUGAAUAUUUUCACAUCACGCACGAUUCAUUACCCCUUGGACAAUCUCAAUUUUGCAACUUUCCUUCGCCUCACGUCUCUUUCGCUCUGUGGAAUAGAAGUGGCAUCCGCUGUCGCGAUCAUACAACGUUCCAAAUUCCCUUCGCUAAAGGAGUUCGAAAUGCAUGUCCGUGUUUUACCUUGGGCAGAGGCUGAGCAGCUUUUCCGUGCACUGUCACUGUGCAAAGCCUCCCAGACCCUUGAAAGCAUCAAAAUUUCUUCCCGCAAUAGAACUCAGGAGCACACAAGCGACUCGUUGACAGCAGUCAGACAGUUUCUUUGCUUCAAGGAACUGCGAACGCUGGGGCUAUCCGUUCAUUACCCCAUCUACCUCGACGAUGACCUUCUUUUUGAAGCCAUGACAACUUGGCCGCAUAUUCACUCCCUAUCGUUGGUGAACUGGCGUCCUUCUCCAGCUACCCUUACAUUUCGCGGGUUGUUCGCGGCCCUUCGUCUAUCUCCGCAGUUGCAAGACCUGCAAGUAUCGGUCGAUGUUCGGAAUAUCGAUAUAGAGCCUGAAGUCGAGUCAUUCCAACAUACUUCCCUAAAAAAUCUGACCGUAGACUCGUGUGAGCUCGAAGGCGUGAAUGUCGAAGCUGUUGCUCGCAUCAUCUACUCCAUGCUUCCUGCCAUCAACCAAGUUAUGUGUUCGAAUGGCGGCAUCCCACGAUUGUGGUACAACGUCAACAAGCAUCUCGAUAUGCUUAGAAACAAAACGUACUCGGCGCCUGACCCCUACAUCACAGAAGCAGUGCUAGCUCUGAGUUAGGAAUGAGGAAGACGUGCCGGGAAUAUGCAAAACAUGUCUCUGGGCUCAUCCAGCUGUACUCAUUUUUUGAUAUAUGGAAACAUCUGUACUUUAUGCAAUUUUCAAGUCAUCUGUACGAUCUGUAUCAAAUACUUCAGCCAAGCCACCGUAACCUGGUAUUCAAAAGGAUUGACCUAGCGUUACAGAACUAGGGGGGUAAUGAUAUAACUCAUUCUUGCAUACAGGAUUCUACCCGUUUACAAUUCACACGGUUACAAUAUCAAGGACUCAUCGGUUCACUGAUUAGUACUUAGUACUUAGUACUCGGUCCAGACCCUGCGCUGGCGCAGCAAAAACCAGACCUUCCCACACACAAACCGAAUCAAUAUCUCGUCUGAUUCGUUUCACAAAGCCCUUACCUCGUUUCUAGUACUCUCGCUAUUACCUCUCUGC